CAGAAGAGGCCAUUCAUCAAUGCUUCCUUUAUCUUUUAACAGAAUUGUGUUACUGAGUUGAGCAGUUGCAAGUCUCUGCAUCAUGAACCGUGCUUUCAGCAGGAAGAAAGACAAAACAUGGAUGCAUACACCUGAAGCUUUAUCAAAACAUUACAUUCCCUAUAAUGCAAAGUUUCUUGGCAGUACAGAAGUGGAGCAACCAAAGGGAACAGAAGUCGUGAGAGAUGCUGUCAGGAAGCUGAAGUUUGCAAGGCACAUAAAAAAAUCUGAAGGCCAGAAAAUUCCUAAAGUUGAAUUGCAAAUAUCAAUUUAUGGAGUAAAAAUUCUUGAACCCAAAACAAAGGAAGUCCAACAUAACUGCCAACUCCAUAGAAUAUCAUUUUGUGCAGAUGAUAAAACUGACAAGAGGAUAUUCACUUUCAUAUGCAAAGAUUCCGAGUCAAAUAAACAUUUGUGUUAUGUGUUUGACAGCGAAAAGUGUGCUGAAGAAAUAACAUUAACAAUUGGCCAAGCAUUCGACUUGGCAUACAGGAAGUUUCUAGAAUCUGGAGGAAAAGAUGUGGAAACAAGAAAACAGAUUGCUGGGAUGCAGAAAAGAAUCCAAGAUUUAGAAACAGAAAAUAUGGAACUGAAAAAUAAAGUACAAGACCUAGAAAACCGGUUGAGAAUAACUCAAGUGUCGACCUCUCCAGCUGACAGUGUGACAGUGACGUCUCCUUCUACCGACAUCUUUGAUAUGGUUCCAUUUUCCCCAAUAUCACAUCAGUCUCCAAUGCCUGCUCGCAACGGCACACAGCUACCACCAGUCCCUAGCAGAUCUACAGAGAUCAAACGGGACCUUUUUGGAGCUGAACCUUUCGAUCCAUUUAACUGUGGAGCAGGGGACUUCCCUCCGGAUAUUCAGUCCAAAUUAGAUGAGAUGCAGGAGGGGUUCAAAAUGGGACUAACUCUUGAAGGCACAGUAUUUUGUCUCGACCCAUUAGACAGCAGGUGCUGACGUCAUGAAUGAGUGAUCCUGACAUGCCUAAUUGGUUUAUAUAUAUAUAUAUACCAUUCAUUAUUUUAAGACAAGUAUUAUACUUGUGCCAAUAUAUUUUUCCAUAUCUAAAUGUUUUUAAAUCGGUUGAAGUAAAAAUCUUUUCACUUUCACUGUUGACUUAUCUGUUAUUUUAAAAAGAACUUAGUGUAAUGUCUAUUGGACUUUUAUGUUCUCUUUGUUAUGUGUGAA